AUGCGUGACCUGAAUGUCUUCCUCGCGCCAUGCCGCAGCUGGCUGCGACCCCUACGGCUGAUCCGGCCCUUCUCAACGCAUUCCGCCCUCGCCGUCAAACAACUGCCACCCCGGCCGAAGCUCGACGACAAGGAUAUCACCGGGUCCUACCUGAAAGGCACAGGACCAGGAGGCCAGAAGAUUAACAAAACAAACUCUGCCGUUCAACUCAUCCACAAACCAACUGGCAUCGUAGUCAAAAGCCAGGCCACCCGAUCCCGCUCGCAAAACCAAAAGAUUGCGCGCGAAAUCCUCGCUGCCAAAGUUGAAGAGUUGGAAAAAGGAGAACAGAGCCGUGCGGCUAUCAAGAGUGCUUUGAUGCGCAAACGGAAAGCCAGUUCUACGAAAAAGAAGCGCAGGAAAUAUCGGGCUUUGGAGGAGGCGAAGCGGAAAGACAAGGAUGCUGAAGACGGUGUUUUUGAAGCUGUAGAAGAAGAGGAGGAGGAAGGAGAACGAUGCGAUACUAAAAAUGAAUCGCCGAUUACUUCGCAUGCCCCUCAGCCUACGGCAACACCCUAA